CUUCAUUGAUGAAUAAUGGAAAAAUGUCGAGCGAAUGGAAGUAAACAAAGGAUAGAGAUUACUUUUAUUUGUUUACAAAGUGUCGAACAAAGACAUACCUACAUUCAAAUAUGCCUUCUAGUUGCCUUAUGCGCAUUAUCCAGCAUUGCCGUUUUUGUUACAUGGACAGCUAUUUAUCGUAAACACAUAAACAUUCCGCCUAAAUUAAACAACAUUCCAGACUGGAUGCAACAACGAUCGAUUGCAUAUGCAAAACAUUAUCAUGAGACAAGCAUGUACAUUCCUCGAGUAAACAAUAUUAGUAAUAGUAGUUCGAUAUCGGCUGUAAAACAAUUAGGAAAUGAACGAAUAUAUCCAUCGAAAUAUGGAAAUUUUAUCUACACACCGUCGGUGGAACCAUCAAAAGUAUUUAAAUUAGUUUGCUAUUAUACGUCGCCGAACAGUUUAGCGGAACCAGCGGUACUGUAUCCGAAAAAUAUCGAUCCUCAAUUAUGCACGCAUCUAAAUGUCGGAAUCGUACAGAUCGCCGAUAACGUUUUGGUGGUGGACGAAACAUUGCACGAAAUGUUUGAACAGACAAAACUGUUGAAAGCCCGAAACAAGGAACUGAAAGUGUUAAUUUGGGUGGGUGGAUUUGAGUCGUCCGAUUUUUCGGAAAUGACUCGAACGCACGCAAAUCGAAAACAAUUCAUUCAAUCGCUGAAGCAAAACUUAGAAUUGUAUCGACUGGAUGGCGUCGAUUUGGAUUGGGAAUUUCCAAGCUCACGCAAUCGUGAACGUCAGCACUUUUCGCAGUUGUUGCACGAAAUUCGGCGGGAGUAUCAGAGGGAACAUAGGACUUAUUUGUUAAGUGUGGCCGUUGCAGCACCGGAAGGUAUCGCCUUUUUUGCAUACGACGUAGCUGAACUGAAUAAUUAUGCGGAUUAUGUAAAUAUUAUGACGUAUGACUAUCAUUUUUACAGUCAGGUAACACCGUUUACAGGUUUAAACUCACCAUUGUACAAAAGGCACAAUGAAAAUUCUAUGCUUUCGUUGCUAAAUAUAAACGCAUCGGUCAACUACUAUGUGAGUCAGGGAUUGGACAAACGGAAAAUCGUCAUUGGCCUACCAACAUAUGGUCACACAUUCCAUUUAGUCAAUGCAUUUAACACGAAAAUCGGAGCGCCUUCCGACGAUUCUGGCAGCAUUGGUGAAUACGGUUUCGUCACCUACUCCGAACUGUGUUGGUUCAAGCAAAAUAAUUUUUUUAUCACGAGCGUAUUCGACGUGGAAACUUGUUCGCCGUAUUUGUAUACCGGCAACGAAUGGAUUUCGUACGAGGACGAACGCAGUAUCGAGUGUAAGACUAAUUUUAUAAAAUCGAAUGGAUUCGGUGGUGCUAUGCUUUUUUCCCUAAAUACCGACGAUUUUUUGUCGUAUUGUAAAACCGAUUACGGUGACAAUAACAGUUCAUUUCCAUUAGCUAGAAAAAUGUAUUCAAUUCUUUUCGAUGAGGACAGCAAUGAUACGGUUUAGGGUGGGACGUGCUGCCGAAUGCAUACACAUAUACAUAUAGAUGUGUGGGUAUGUUAGGCGGUGACUAUAUAUAUAUAUUCGGAGAAGUUUUUACACUUUUCCGAUUUUGAAAAAGGUUGUGCUUUAGUUAUCAAAUUUGAAAUUCAUCAAAAAUUUAUUAUUUAUCGUAAUUUAUUUGUUCCUUUAUGUUUGUUCUCGUUAAUCAUAUACCAAGGAUUAGGCAUCGUAAUUAUACCAAAGAAAUUUUAAAAUCGAAGCAAAUUCGGUACGUGUCAUAAUGGAAAUAACUCUAAAAACGGUCACAACAUAAUGAAGAAAUGAUAAUUGGUGUCGGUUACCGCUGACUAUUUUCGGUUACUGUAGACUACACAUAGUCACGCGAAAGACAUCUAAUUCAAAUUUUUCUUUCGUCAGAGUUAACCGAAGAAUAAUAGUAGAUUAUCACCAUAUUAGGGGAAUAGUCGAGGCUUGCCGAGAUUUCCCCUUAUAUAAUGAUAUACUUCUUUAUCGCAUGAACGAAAACGAGACAACAAAAUGGAGGAAUGACAAUUUCCACCGAAAAUUCAAAGUAUGAUUUAAACCUCAGGAUGACGUCACAACAUGGCGCGAAUGCAAUAAAGAAAAUUUUGAAUUAGGUCUCUUUUGCAUCACUCUCUGUAGCUUCACUUUUUCUAUAGGUAAAACCAAACGUUACAUUCAAUGUUAUCAGUAUUCAAGAUAAUCCGUAUCUUAACUAUAACAAAAAUUAGCCAUUGUCUUUACCAAAACAAAUCGUUCAAUUAAUUUAUUCAUUUAAAAUAGAUUUCAAUAGAGUAGUGAGUAGCGACACUGCAUCAUUAAAAUAGUUUCUGUUCGAGCAGUCUUUUGAAAACUUGAGUAUGUGAUGAAAGCGAUUGUGUGUGUAUGUAUACAUACACAUGAUUUCACUUAAUAAUUAGCCGUAGCACCAGCUGCUUUUCUUUUGAGGAUGUUAGGGCUCUAGUGUCGAAAUUUAAGAUCGAGAUGAAUACGAAAAUUCUUCCAAGAAAAUGAAAAUUCUAAAUAAAAUCCAAUAAAUUGGUCACGCGAAUUUCAAUCAAUUUUGCCUAAUCGACAACUUUUUUAUGUGAAGCUUUGAGUACCUGUUCGUUGAGCGCUUAUUAUUGGAAAUUUUACUUACUUCAAUUACGGAAAAUGGACGUAAUUUACUUAAAUUUACUAAAAAUUUACCUAAAUUCACUGGAAUUUACCUGAAUUCACUGAAAUGUACCUAAAUUCACCGAAUUUUACCUAAAUUGACCGAAAUUCCCCCAAAUUUCACUGAACUUUACCAAACUUCACUGAAAUUUACCAAACUUCACUGAAAUUCACCAAAACUCACUGAAAUUUACCUAAUUUAUCUAAAUUUACCUAAAAACGUUUUCGGUAUAUUUUGGUAGAUUCAAUAAAUUUUGCAAUUUCUGUACUUUCUUGGUGAAUAUCCAAUUUCUUGGUGGUAAAUUCUCUUUUUCGAUUUAUAGAGAAAUAAGAGAAGUAUAAGAAAAAAAAACAGACGGUAAUUUCACAGCAGAAAUUGAUCUAUCAAAAUUAGAGGUGUGCGCCGGUCAAAAAUUCUCGGCGGCGGCUAGCCGAAUGUAGAUGUGUCGGCGGAUGCGCCUGUUCGUUGAGCGCUUAUUAUUGGAAAUUUUACUUACUUCAAUUACGGAAAAUGGACGUAAUUUACUUAAAUUUACUAAAAAUUUACCUAAAUUCACUGGAAUUUACCUGAAUUCACUGAAAUGUACCUAAAUUCACCGAAUUUUACCUAAAUUGACCGAAAUUACCCCAAACUUCACUGAACUUUGCCAAACUUCACUGAACUUUACCAAACUUCUCUGAAAUUUACCAAAACUCACUGAAAUUUACCUAAUUUAUCUAAAUUUACCUAAAAACGUUUUCGGUAUAUUUUGGUAGAUUCAAUAAAUUUUGCAAUUUCUGUACUUUCUUGGUGAAUAUCCAAUUUCUUGGUGGUAAAUUCUCUUUUUCGAUUUAUAGAGAAAUAAGAGAAGUAUAAGAAAAAAAAACAGACGGUAAUUUCACAGCAGAAAUUGAUCUAUCAAAAUUAGAGGUGUGCGCCGGUCAAAAAUUCUCGGCGGCGGCUAGCCGAAUGUAGAUGUGUCGGCGGAUGCGCGCCGAAAACGAUAUUUCUCGGCGGCUCGGCUCAGCCGCGGCGCGCCGAUAGAUUUCGAAUAAUUUUAAGAAAAUUCUAAAAACUCAUACAAAAGUUAAUGAUUUUACAGAUAGUUCGACAUUUCUUCAUUUCUUUCAAAUUUUUAAUCUUUGAAAAUUUAAUUAGAAGAGAACAAUAGUAUUUUCUUGUUACUUUAUUGGUAUGUCUUGAGUUAAGUUUUCAUAAUAGGCAGAUGGAUGGUCCGUAAAAUACGUAACGCGAGAGAGUCAUAGCUAGGUUUUCUGCGGCUGGUCAAGAUGAGUUUUCCUUCAUUCGCUUUAUAUGUAACAUAGAUAUUCUAAUGUGUCCGUUGCAAAUUCGCAACGUUAAAAA